AUGCGUGCAGUUUUGGCCCGCAGUAAGUCUAAUCAUCACGACGCUAAAGGAGUCAAAUCAAAGAUAGUUCUAUCUGCCGCUGCCCUCGAAGCUUCAACCAAGGGUCAUCAAAGAGCUGACAAGAAAAUUAACAUUAAUGCGAAGAAACCGUUUGGUUGCGUCUAUUGUGACGGAUCACUAUCCAAUUUCGCGUCACAUGCUUCAGAUAAUAUCCUGUAUUUGUGCCUCCGUCGUGGUCGCGGGGUAAAAGAAUGUCGUCAUCCGCGCCAAACCUGCUGCUACUGCAAGAAACGUCAUCAUUUCUCAAUUUGUGAGAACCAUCUUUCAGAGAAUCAAAAUGCCCAGUCAGUUAAUAACAGCUCCAAUGACACUAUGGCCCUGUCCUCAGAUACAUCGACCAACCCCGCGUUCCUUCAGACAGCUACCGUCAUCGUUAGUGGCUCUCACCUCGAGAAGAAAAUAGUGUGUUUGCUAGAUGGCGGAAGCCAGAAAAAUUUCAUCAGCAAGGCAUUGGCAGAGGAGUUGGAAUUGCAUGUCUUAAAUCAAGAGAUGUUGACUAUUAGCACCCUCGGAAGUACGUUACCAUUGAACCCGAGGGUCAUGCUUCCAAGAUGUUUCAACGUUCGUUGGAAUUCCUGUGGUGAAGAGAACACUGCAAUGUCGGCUCUUGAAAUGACUAACAUUUGUAACAACUUGUGUCAAUUCGCUACUGGAAUUCGACGAUGCAAGGAGAUCGAAGGACUUUGGAUUGCUGACGAAAGACUUUUGACUGGUCUCGCGUCACAUGCUGAUAUUGAUUUACUAAUCAGCACUGACGUUCAGUUUGGUUGGCUUCUCCACGGUCCAACUGAACAUCGAUUGAAUAACAAUGGGUCGAGAACCGUGGCCAUGUUGGUUGGAGCGAAUUUCCCUCAGGAGGAACCCGAAAAUCAGCUUGAUCUGCAAUUGUCAGCCUUUUUGGGAGUUAGAUCAUCUCGGGGAUCGCGAUUGAAAAGAACGAGAAAAGCGCAACGGAGUUCCAUGAAAAUUUGGAGAAAUCAAUCGUCGUCCGUCCGUCCGUACGUCGAAAACGACAAUCUUAAGCAUUAUUUACCUCAUCGACCUGUAGUCAAGCGUAAAAUAUCAUCGACGAAGGUCAGAAUUCUAUUCGACGCCUCGGCCAGGGAUUACAAUCAUCCCUCUUUGAAUGAUUGUCUGGAGCAAGGACCAAACCUCAACCCCGAGCUGUUGGCCGUCAUGCUACGUUUUCGUAUGAAAAAAAUCGCUUUUAUUGGUGACAUCGAGAAAGCCUUUCUUCAGAUCGAAAUUGCCGAAGGUGAUCGGGACGCUGUCCGUUUUUUUGUGGAUUGA